UUAUAGCGGGACUGCGGCAGGCAUUCUGACACCAGGUGGGAACUGACUAAUUGCCACUGACAUCCCCAGUGACACUAAUACAGUGAUCAGUGCUAAUAAAAAGCACUGACACUGUACUAAUGACACUGGGCAGGAAGGGGUUAACUUUUUGGGCGAUCAAAGGGUUAACAAUAUGCUCUGUCUGUUUUACUAUGUGUGCUGUGUGCUGUUUUACUAAGGAGACAUGCUGUUUUGUAUCUCUCUGCUGUACAGAGAAAUACAAAGCAGCAUGUCUAGGUCUCUCCCCUGUCAGCUUAACACAGCGAUCAUCGAGUGCCAGCCAGGAAAUGCCAGCCGGGACCAUGUGA